GCGGGACCCACACACGCCGGAAAUGAGUCAUCAUUUGGGGGUGUGUUAUUUUCCGACACUUCCGGAGUGUGCGCCCUCACAUAAAGCCCAGCAGCGCUGUGCUGUCUCUCUUUGGCCACCAUUGCAUCUGCUUCGACGUGUACCCGCCACACAACACCAUUGUAAGAGUCAUGGCAGAUCUGACAGAGCGCACCUUCAUUGCCAUCAAGCCGGACGGCGUACAGAGGGGCAUCAUCGGGGAGGUCAUUUCCAGAUUUGAAAAGAAAGGUUUCAAACUGGUUGCCAUGAAAAUGCUUCAAGCAUCUGAGGACCUCCUAAUGCAGCACUACAUCGACCUGAAAGACCGACCUUUCUUCCCAACUCUCAUCAACUACAUGAGUUCUGGUCCAGUGGUCGCCAUGGUGUGGGAAGGCAAAGGUGUUGUCAAGACCGGACGGGUGAUGCUCGGUGAAACCAACCCUGCCGAAUCCAAACCCGGAACCAUCAGGGGAGACUUCUGCAUUGAUGUCAGCAAAAACAUCAUCCACGGCAGUGACUUAGUGGAGAACGCUAAAAAGGAGAUUUCCCUGUGGUUCAAGGACGAGGAACUGAACACCUACACGAGCUGUGCCUUCAGCUGGCUCUACUGAGCGCUGUCGUGCAACAAAAGGGCACGCUUUAAUCGGGACCGUAGACACCUCUGUGGUUUGGCUUUCUUUUGCCUCUUUUUACCGAACGGGAAAAGUAGUUUUGGCUUGCUGAAUAAAUCCAUAGUGUACUUCCUGGGCAUGUUCUCCUAAACAUUCCAUUGCCUCAAUCACCUUGUCCUCAGUGUCCAAUGCGUACUUUACAAUAAAAGUCCUUCAAAUGUGGGUUUUUGGUUUUUUUGCCUUGUACACACAGUUGAUUUCAAAUAAAAACAACCAUGUUAAAAUACUGA